UGUUCCCUCCGAAAACUUCUGAAAGUGAUUUUUUUUGAUGAAUGCACACAAAGUGGGUUGGUUUACUGAACUGAGCUCUUUAUGGCCCGGUCAAGCUUUUUCUCUCGAAGUUGAAGAAAUUCUUGUUGAUUUAAAAUCAAAUUAUCAGCACAUUUUUAUUUUUAAAAGCAAAACGUACGGAACUUGCCUAGCUUUAGAUGGUAUAUUGCAAUGUACUGAGAGGGAUGAGUUCUCCUAUCAAGAAAUGAUUACUCACUUAGCCCUUUUUUGCCACCCUGAACCCAAAAAAGUACUUGUAAUUGGUGGAGGAGACGGCUGUGUUGUUCGUGAAGUACUUAAACACCAAUACGUAGAAUCCGUGACACUUUGCGAAAUUGAUAGAAAGGUUGUCGAGCUUUGUAAGCAGCAUUUGCCUUUUUCAUCUUCAAGUCUUGACCACCCAAAAUGUCAUAUUCAUAUUGGAGAUGGUUUGAAAUUUAUGGAGCAACACCAGAAUGAAUUUGACGUUAUUAUCACCGACUCUUCCGAUCCUUUUGGCCCCGCGGUUACUUUAUUUAAAGAAGAAUAUUACAGGCUUAUGCACAGUGCACUACGGAGUAACGGCAUUACCAUCUCCCAGGGAGAGUGUGCUUGGUUGCAUUUGAAUCUUAUUAAAAGCAUGAACAGUUUUUGUAAACAGAUUUUUCCCUCUGUGGCAUACGCCUAUACUUCCGUUCCUACUUAUCCGUCUGGCCAGAUCGGCUUCAUACUUUGCUCUAAGGAUGCCUCUAUAAACUUCAAAGCGCCUAAAACAGGCACCCUUAAAAUUCUGGAAGAGAUGAAUCUGAAGUAUUACAAUCAAGAAGUUCACACCGCUGCUUUUGCGCUUCCUCAAUUUCUUAAGAAUGCUCUGUUCUAAAAACACAC